UUACCUAAUCCAAAAAUCUUCGUUCAAAGGAUAAGGAAAUUCUCCGGCACUGACUCACCGUCUCCGACAACAUUUCUAUGGAAUAAAUCAUCUCCAAGUUCUUUAAUUCUCAAGCUCCGAGUAAUGGCUGCAGCGAUGGCCAGCAGCUGCUUCUCCGUCUUCAGUUCCACCAUCAAUUUCCGCUCCUCCUUUCCCUCCCGGAGCCUCCCGCCAACGCCACUCCGAUCAACUGCUUUGCUCACUUCUACAGCUACUGCUGACCGGAAAAUCGCUUCCGGCUCUAAACGUCGCUCCUCUUCCGCCUCUUCUUCUCUAAACUUCGAUGAUGAGGGGGAAUCUGCUCGACGUGAUCCAUUUCUUCGAAAAUCAAAAGAUGGCAUAUCACUGCUACGUCAGAGUGAAAAUAAUGCUCAAAGAAAUCCAGGCCGACUGCAGACAGCAGCUUAUAAAUCAUUUGGCAUGCAGGGGAAGGAUAGAAAGGAGUUGGUUAACGCAGUCGAGGAGAAGGGUGAACCAGGGAAUCUCCAAGAUGCUGCUUUCCUCAAUGCUGUUGUGAAGGUGUAUUGUACCCAUACUGCUCCAGAUUAUUCUCUACCAUGGCAGAAACAAAGGCAGUAUACAAGUACUGGGAGCGCUUUUAUGAUUGGUGAUGGUAAACUCUUGACAAAUGCACAUUGUGUAGAACAUGAUACUCAGGUUAAAGUAAAGAAAAGGGGAGAUGAUACCAAGUAUGUGGCUAAGGUUUUAGCCAGAGGAGUUGAUUGUGAUAUAGCUUUACUUUCAGUUGAAAAUGAGAACUUUUGGAAAGGAGCUGAACCACUAAAGCUUGGGAAUUUGCCUUGCCUUCAGGAUGCUGUGACUGUUGUGGGGUAUCCCCUUGGAGGAGACACUAUAUCAGUGACUAGGGGAGUUGUGUCACGUAUAGAGGUUACGUCCUAUGCUCAUGGGUCAUCAGAUUUGUUAGGCAUUCAAAUUGAUGCUGCAAUAAAUCCUGGUAAUAGUGGUGGUCCUGCAUUUAACGACCAUGGCGAAUGCAUUGGAGUGGCAUUUCAGGUUUACAGGUCUGACGAUGUUGAGAACAUUGGAUAUGUUAUUCCGACUACAGUUGUAUCUCAUUUUCUAAAUGACUACGAGAGGAAUGGGAAAUAUACUGGCUUUCCUUCCCUUGGAGUUUUGUUGCAGAAGUUGGAAAAUCCAGCACUACGUGCUUGUUUGAGAAUGAAAUCAAAUGAGGGUGUAUUGGUUCGAAGAGUAGAGCCCACUUCUGAUGCUAAUAAUGUCCUGAAAGAGGGAGAUGUAAUUGUUAGCUUCAAUGAUAUUAAAGUUGGAUGCGAAGGAACAGUACCUUUCCGGACAAAUGAGCGCAUAGCAUUUCGAUACCUUAUUAGUCAAAAAUUCGCUGGCGAUGUUGCAGAGCUUGGUAUUAUUAGAUCAGGAGAGCAUAUCAAAGCUAAAGUCAUUCUCAAUCCUCGCGUGCACUUGGUUCCCUUUCACGUUGAUGGUGGUCAGCCCUCUUAUCUAAUAAUUGCUGGUUUGGUGUUUACUCCACUCUCUGAACCACUAAUAGACGAGGAAUGUGAAGAUUCUAUUGGGUUGAAACUACUGGCGAAGGCACGCUAUUCCUCGGCAAGUUUCGAAGGGGAACAAAUAGUGAUCCUGUCGCAGGUCCUGGCAAAUGAAGUGAACAUUGGAUAUGAGGAUAUGGGGAAUCAGCAGGUUGUAAAGCUGAAUGGAACUCAAAUCAGAAAUAUUCAUCACUUAGCACACCUUGUUGACACCUGCAAGGACAAAUACUUGGUUUUCGAAUUCGACGAGAACUACAUUGCCGUUCUUGAGAGGGAAUCUGCUAUUGCAGCUUCAUCUUGUAUACUCAAAGAUUAUGGUAUUCCAUCCGAAAGGUCCUCGGAUCUUUUGGAGCCAUACGUAGAUAUAUCAGGAGACGACAAAGGAACUAAUCAGAACUACGGUGAUAGUCCAAUCUCCAAUUCAGAAAUAGGUUUCGAGGGACUUCUUUGGGCAUAGUCACACAAAGCAUUGCUACUUGAUCUAAAAAUUGACCCUGCAGAUAUGGUUUCACUGUCUGCUCGCUUAGAUGUUGCAGGCCACGGGAGUUAGCUCGACCGCAGUCUUCCGAGUCCUUACUGCAGGUUUUUCCAUUGUACUCUCCUUGUAUUUAUUUGCAUUGCAAUUCGUUUUGCUAUUGAAUAAGGGGAGCAAAAAGUUUUGCAGAAUAUAAGGCUGGAAUCAGCCGUUGAAGCCAUUGUAGCAUUGAUGUAAAAGACUAAUAUUAGUCGGGUAAAAUGCAUCAUUCUUUUCUAUUUAGA